AUGACGCUUUUUGGGAAAAUUGUUGUCAUUAAGAGGAAUGGGACUGAUGGAAUUAGUUUUCCACUCACUGCAAGUUCUUGUUUAUUUGGAAGGAGAACAGAGUGUGAUAUUCGCAUCCAGUUGCCUCAGGUCUCAAAAGAACAUUGUAAAAUUGAAGUAAAUGAAAACAAGGAGGCAAUAUUGACUAAUUUAAGUACAGUAAAUCCCACGCAGCUGAAUGGGGCUGGUUUCCAGCAGCCUGUGCCUCUGAAGCAUGGCGAUGUGGUAACCAUUAUUGAUCGAUCUUUCAGAUUUGAAUAUCCUCUGCAAGCAACUCCAAGAAGGAGGCGUUGCCGGUCUCCAAAAGAUGAAACACUGCAGUUGAAAGCUAAGCUAAUCCAUCAGUCUAAUAAAAGGCAAAAUUCUGUGUCUCCCUUUUCUAAACUCUAUGAAAAGUUGAAAAAAGAGAUUAAAGUGAAAAAAGCUCUUCCUGGGGGAAAUGCAUCUCAAGAAGCUGCAAUAGGAGAUGGGAAGAGGGUUCCUCUAGAACCAAGCUCUCAGAUUUCAUUGUCAGAUUGUGUUUCUGAUCUUGAAAACCUGUCUAAAGAACAAGAAAGAGGCAGAAGUGAAAACAUUGAAAAAUGUAAGGUAGAAAUCGAGCAAGAUGCUGUCAAUUCAGAGUUUAACCAGGUCUCAGCUGUCAGAAGUGCUACCAAGAAGAGUUUUACCAAAAGUCCUCGAAGAUCCAUUUCGAAGGUGUCAAGAGAUACUGGUGAAAGAAGUCACUUGCAGGAUCAUAAGGAGCUAAGUACAGCAGGAAAGUCUGAAAGUACUGAAGUUAUAACCAAGCCCAGUCAGGAGAAGGAUGGAAAUGCAGUGUUUUCACUGAAGCAGUGCUCUAUAGAAUGCUUGGAUUAUGCAGCUGAAAUGAACAUGCACAGCUCUGCACCAGCACUGGAUGAACCAGCACAACCAGGUAACACCACAACCGUUCCUGAUGUUGACCAGUAUGUUCUGUCUACACCAACAUCCAGAAGGAAGAGUCCUCGGUCUUUUGUAUCACCCACCAGAGAAAGUAGUGGAAUGAACCCUGUAAUCACUGAUAUUCCAACACCUCGACGGCAUGUGUCACUGGAACGUAAGUCUCUGUCAGGAGUUUCAGCUGAAACUCAAAGGGAAGAUUCACUGUCCAUAAGUAACAGCCUCAAACAACUGCCUUUGGCAGAAAUCAAGUGCUUAAAACAAAGACGAGGCAGUAAACAGCAUACACCAGGAAAACCUGAUGAAGUGCUGAAAGAGAUUUGUGACCAGGCAAACUUCGUGACCUCAAAAGAGGAACAUUCUGAACCUCCUGCCUCUUCUAAUUCCAAGAGUCCCAGAAGAAAUAACAGAGAAAGUCAAGAAUUAUCAGACAAAAGUGUCCAUUUGGAGACACUGGCUUCAGAAGAGUUCAAAUCAGAACUGGCAUCUCCUGCUAGUCACAAAUGUGGCUCUGGCAGAAAAAGAGGUAGGCCGAGGAGCUCUGGGCUGCUCACAGGGAAAGCAUUGGAGACAAAUCCCUCUCUAGAGCACCACGAUAAACCUACAGACAGAAAAGACAGUGGAAUGAACGAAGAGGUGGCCACCAAGGGGGAUCACGAGGAGCAAGGUUUGGAAGAUGCUGGAGUAACAAGACCUCGUAGAUCGUCAUCGAAGAGGAGGUCUUCUGGAGGCGCUGGUCUACUGAAAGACACUGAGGCUGUCUCAGAAAUGAAUAUUUCUGACCUGUUGGCUGGGGAAGAAUCAGGCAAGACAACAAAGAUGUCUCCGAAGAGGAAAAGUGGUGAUGUGUUACUUCAGCCUUUAGGAAAAAGAAAGAGAGUGUCUUUUGGUGGUCACUUGAGCCCAGAGCUUUUUGAUAAAAGUUUGCCUCCCAACUCACCACUUAAAAGAGGUGCCAUUCCCGCCCGGCUGAGCCUGCCCUUUGGAAACUCUCCACGUGCUGUCCUCAAAAAGGCUCAGGGACUGAAGCACUUUGCAGACCAGGAAUUUCCUGAACAUUUGCAGAAAGAAAAAAUGUCACCAAGAAAUCUGUCAACUGAGAAGUCCCCAGGUGCCUCGUCCCCUUCCUCUGGGAGGACAACACCUAAACUGCCUUCAGGCUCUCCAGCACCUUACAGAAAGGGACGUUUCUCUGUGUCUCACAUCACGGCACCAUUACCCAUUGUAGAAGAGAGAGAUGUUGUUGCAGAAGACAUGAAUACAGAGGAGGAAGAUGGUGCCUCAGUGAAAACACCUGAAUCUUCUCUUGUUAACCAAAAUGAUAAACCCUUUUUAGUGGCUACACCUGACAAACAAACCAGAAGUGCCCAACUUGCUCUGAAGGUCACUCCCAUGAAGAGCAGAACUGGGGCUGUAGCAAUUAUCAACGCAAAAAGAAGAAGUGGAGCCUCCAGUGCCAAUCUGUUAGUGGCAAAAUCUUGGGCAGAAGUGGUAAAAUUGGGUGUCGCAAGACCACAGGCAAAGGCUGCUAAAAAGAGGGUUAGGAAAGGAAGAUUCCUGAAGAAAACAAACCAGUCAUCAAAGACUCCAGAAAGCAAAAUAAAAGGUCAUUUUAGCACAGGACAUGCAGAGUCACCUGCUACAAUAGUUGUGGGUAGAGCUUAUUCCACCACAGUCAGAACAACUGGACGGGCCCCUAAAGUGGUGACAAACCCUAUCAUGAAGCUAAACAUGAACAUGGACGAAAGCUUCACAGGAAUGGCUGAAAUGUUUCAAACUCCAGAAAAUCUGAGUGGGAAAACAUCACCUUUGGCUGCUGCUCAGAAGAUGGAUUUUACACCAACUUGUGCUGCAGCGGAUAUUUCUGAGCUGCAGACUCCUGAGGAAACUGGAGAGAUGAUGGUGUCACCGUUGAAUAGUUCAGAUGUUUCAGAACAGAAACAAGAUAGUCCAGUCAUCUGUCACUUUUUGAGGGAGGAGUCAUCUCUGAAGUCUGCGUUUGAUGCAAUAGCCACAAAAACUCCUGAAAGAAGAAAUGCUAUGCUGGAAGAAAAUACUAGUGGGAAUAGUUUGUCAGCAAGCCCAGAAAACCAAACGUCUCGGGUGAAAUCUGGAAGUAGAAGGAGGACUCCAAAGCAGAAGUUGGAGCCAGCUGAGGUUAUAUCAGGCAUCAAACAGUUUUUAAGGACCCCAGAGCAAAGGUCAGAACCAGCAGAGGCCUUAUCGGGCAUCAGGCAGCUCAUGAAGACCCCGAAGCAGAAGUCAGAGCCUGUAGAGGCUUUGUCAGGAAUUAGGCAGCUCAUGAAGACCCCGAAGCAGAAAUCAGAGCCUGUAGAGGCUUUGUCAGGAAUUAGGCAGCUCAUGAAGACCCCGAAGCAGAAGUCAGAGCCUGUAGAGGCUUUGUCAGGAAUUAAGCAGCUCAUGAAGACCCCGAAGCAGAAGUCAGAGCCUGUAGAGGCUUUGUCAGGCAUCAGGCAGCUCAUGAGAACCCCAAAGCGUAAGUUGGAGCCUGUAGAGGCCUUGUCAGGAAUCAAGCAGCUCCUGAGGACACCGAAGCAGAAGUCAGAGCCUGUAGAAUCUUUAUCAGGUAUCAGGCAGCUCAUGAAGACCCCAAAGCAGAAGUCAGAGCCUGUGGAGGCCUUGUCAGGCAUCAAGCAGCUCCUGAGGACACCAGAGCAAAAGUCAGAGCCAGCUGAAGUCCUGUCAGGCAUCAAGCAGCUCAUGAGAACCCCAAAGCGUAAGUUCCAGCCUGUAGAGGCUUUGUCAGGCAUCAGGCAGCUCAUGAAGACCCCAAAACAGACGGUGGAGCCUGUAGAGGCCUUGUCAGGCAUCAGGCAGCUCCUGAGGACACCAGAGCAAAAGUCAGAGCCAGCUGAGGUCCUAUCAGGCAUCAAGCAGCUCAUGAGAACCCCACAGCGGAAGCCAGAGCAGGUCGAGGUCCUGUCAGGCAUCGAGCAGCUGCUGAGGACCCCACAGCAGAAGCCAGAGCCAGUUGAGGUCCUGUCUGGCAUUAAGGAGCUCAUGAAGACCCCAGAGCAAGAGUUGGAACCUGUUACAGAUGAAAGUGCCUUUAAAAGAUUGCUGAAGCCUCCAGUACAAAACAGGGAAGCACUUAAAGGUGUUACUUUAACCAAGAAAACCCCAAAGGUGAAAUAUCAACCAGUAGAAGACAUGAUUGGGGUCAGCCGCAUUUUCAAGACACCAAAGGACAAAGCUGAACCCAUAGAAAAUGCGUUUGGUAUUAGUAGAUUAGUGAAGACUCCAAGAGAGAAGUAUCAACCAGUUGAGGUUUUUGUGGGUCUGCAAAGGCUUAUGGCAGAGCCCAGACAAAAAUACUCCGACUCUGAAGUGGACUAUGCUGGAGUUACAGAGAUGUUUGAUGCACCAGAGGAAACUGAGGUGAGAUCAGUAAAAGCUAUGGAUUCCAAGCAAGAAGAUGCUGCACCUCUUUGUACUACUUCCACUCCUAAAAGUGGUAAAUGCAAAUACGUUAACUAG